UCCUAUUCUUCUUACUCACAGGAUUGACUCCAUUUUCUGUUAGAGUCUUGUUUUACAUUCUUGACUCUUUCAUAGCAAUAUGGGCAUCAUUUGUUGUAAAGAAGAGCGCUUUGAUCUGAAUGCUGAAGUCGAACUGCAGCAUUUUAAUCUACUUCGCUCUGUAGGAAAAGGUGCUUUUGGAAAGGUCCGAGUAGUACAACACAAGGGUUCAAAAAAUAUUUAUGCGUUAAAGUAUAUCGACAAGGCAAAAUGCAUUCAGAUGCGAGCUGUUGAAAAUAUCAUUCAAGAACGUCGGCUUUUAGAGGAAAUCGAAAGCAACUUUAUUUGCAAUAUGCGAUAUGCCUUUCAGGACGAUGAAAACUUGUUUAUGAAAUCGCUUGUGGUUUGGCAUACCUUCAUAGUAAAAAUAUUGUUCAGAGAUUUGAAGCCUGAUAACAUUCUUCUCAAUGAGACUGGCCAUGCACAUUUGACAGACUUUAAUAUUGCCGUAAGAUUUAGAGACGAUAAGCCAUUGACAGCUGUUGCUGGAAGCAUGGCAUAUAUGGCUCCCGAGGUGCUUAGCAAAAAGGGUUAUUUUUCAAGUGUGGACUGGUGGAGUUUGGGUGUAAUUAUAUUUGAGUUGGCAAUUGGAAAGCGUCCCUUUCGAGCAAAGACAAAUGAAGGCCUUACAUAUGCCAUCAUGCACGAAGAUUUGGCAUUUAGCUCACAUGGCGAUUGUCUGAAUCCGGAUCUAAUAGAUGCUAUUCGGCAAUUUGUAUGUCGUGAUAUCCGCCAAAGAAUGGGAACAAAAGAUGCAGGAGGAAUGGAAAAAUUGCGCCAACAUCCUUUUUUCAGCAUCCUCAACUGGGAACAAGUUGAAACCAAAACCUAUCCUGCGCCGUUUGUUCCUGAUUCAAAACGAGCCAAUUUUGAUGCAACGCACGAGUUGGAGGAACUACUACUUGAAGAUCGGCCGCUCAAGGCAAAACCACGCAAAAAGAAGAAGAAGCAUCUUGAAAAUGGAGAGCCAGAAACGUCUGUUGCAAAAGAUAUGCGUAUUAUGGAGGAAAAGUUUACCGUUUAUGAUUUUACCAAAAUUCGAAAAGGAGAUUCCAAUUUCAAGAAUGGCAUGAUGGGUGAUGCCCAAGAUCCCUAUGAAGGAAAAGAUCACAUCAUACAAGUGACCGACAGUAUGAAUCCAGCCACGCCUAUACAAGUAAACCUGCCAUGACAAAAGCAGCAAAGUACUAUAUUGAAUACUUUUCCUUGUACGGUACUAUGGCUUGCAUGUUGAUGUUUUACUUGUGAAAGAAGCAUGUGAAAUGCCCGUGGUUUCAUAACAGUGGUCUUGCAGAUGGUUUCUGUGACACAACUGUCCUGUGUGGCUCUUUACAGACCUAGUUUAUUUUCAUUGUACCGUUCAAUUUCUAGAAACUUCCUUUCUUGAUUGGAUUUACUUUCGUAUUCUUUUUACUUUCCGACUCACUUGUUUCUGGUAUGCUAUCUCGACUUUAGAUUUGUCUUUACUGGCAACUAUUUUUAUAAUUUGACAUUCUGACCAUUUUUCUACUAUUUUACCUUUUAAAGUAUCUGGAACAUUCGAUGUAUCUUUUUCAUCUGGCUCAUCACUAACGCUACAACCUGGCUUUGGCACUGGUUAAAUUUACUACUGAAUGAAUCCAGAUUUGAUUGU